AUGGACUCGAUGAGAUCUCUGAAUACCUCGCUACCUUCCGCUCGUCCUCCGCCACCUGUAGAACUUCUUCAAGCCUUCCGCAAUGCUGCUCUCUCAGUCACGAAUCUUUAUAAGUCGGCGGUCACGGACCAAAACAUCAGUCGACAAGCUGGCUACCAAGAAGCAAUUGCAGAUCUUUUGAGUUGGAUGGACGAUGAGAAUAUUGGGUUGCAAGAUGGCGAGGGUUGGCGAGUCCGACAGUGGGCAACGGAAAGAUACGAUGGCUCUGCACAUCAGCAUCAGACAGACAGUGAUGACGAGAAGAGCGAGGCCGAGACGCGGCCACGGAGCACCUCACCUCCGAGAGAACAUCAGGCCGACCAAGCUACCACUCGUGGCAGAAGCAACAAAGCCGAAUCUGCAACACAGACAGAGGACGUUCCUAGUCCGGCUAUUCGCGAGCAGACUGCAUCGACACCAAUCUUCCAAUUUACCGGCGCCCCGACGCCAUUACAUACAGAUCGAAUGCAGACCGAUGAAGGAACACCUGACUCCGAGGAAGCCGAUCCGGAUCCAUCGUCGUCAUCUUCGGCGAAUGCUCCUAUCCGACUAGAAGUAGUCAACAACCGAGGACUACGGCCAACACACAGACACACUAAUCAACGCCAUGGUGCCAGACCAUCUAACCGAGAAUUUACGUUUAACGCCGGUACGAAACGAAAGUUGCAAUUCCCUGAUUUCUUCGACAUAUCAAAUAUUGGACCCAAAGAUGGAUUUCCCGGCAGCAAACGAGGUCGACUUUCAUGA